AUGGCCACAGCAUGCUCAGGACAAUGUCAGCUUUCCAUCAAGAACGUCUUGCGGCAGCCCGUCGGGGCCCAGGGAGCGAGUGGUAACAACAUACCUCAAAACGCACAUGUCGCCCCGUGUCCCGGACGACUGAGAAAGAGGUUAUGUUAUCGAAGAAGGCGGACGGCUUUGGACAAGAGGCCAGAAGUGAUGGCAACAGCGUCUCGUCUUGGCGAUUGUUCGAAACGUUGGGGAGAAGACACACACCCUGCCGUUCCGCGCGCGCCUUGUCAGAUCAGGGGGGGGAGCCACACACGGUCAGCACAGGCGCGACAAGCUUGCUGCGAUGUCAGUAGAAGGAUGCGAGGACAGCUGCCAGUUGGACACGAUGGACAACAGGUGGAGGCAAGACCGUCAUUACGGGGAAAUCAGCGGAAGCGUAGAGACACGCAGACAUGCAACGCCUUUGAGGCUUCUGCAGCUCACACGCCCGGCCAAGGGUCAGGGGCUUCUGUAGGGUCGUUGCGCAGGAAAAUGCGGAGACGGCCAGGCCAACUAGGGCUAGCCGUGCGUGCUUCAGGCGAACGGGUGCAAAUUGCUGCUGUGCUGUUGGGGGGUAGCGACGCCCACCGGACAGGGCCCGAUGGAUCAAAUCAUCUGUCCUGUCAACCCCUCUUGUUCAGCAUCAACCCUUCGACAAGACGCCUGCAUCGCCUCGCGUCAGGCCAGCGAGCCUCCUCCAUCGUCGCCCUAGAGCUGCUGAUCCACUAUGCGCCUCCAGGGGUCACGUCGACAAGCCCCUCAUUUGAUCCGUCUGGACUCGGUCGGGCCCGUCGGAACACAUCCAUCCUGAUGCCAUUUCUCAACGCAGAGGCUCCAUGCCUGUCGCACGCCAUUCUGCUUCGCUGCAAGCGCCAUGCCUCACCCACGACACUAUCGCCGAUGGCGAGACCUUGGCUGCUUGACGCAUCCGCGGCAUGCCCCGCUCGAUGCGAUGAUCCUGUGGGCGCUUCUGUGCAGCUCCUUGACGCCCUCCUAUUCGCCCUCGUGUUUGAUGUACGUAUCACAGUCGACGGCUGCACGGCGAGCGUUCCUGGAACUAGUCGCGAACGAUGCUCCCAACGCUGCUCGACAGUUGGCCGCCUGGGCGAGCAUCUGCAAAACCGACAGGCUGCUCCAAUGCCCGCGGUGUUGGCUGUUGCCGGGCACAUGCAAUAA